GUUGUUCAGGGUGUGUGUGUGUCUGCAGGUUGAAGGCUGAAUGUGACAGUGAUGGAGAUCUCUAUUGGAGAGAAAAUCUUGGCUCCUGGAGCUGGCGUUCUCAGAUGUGUGUGUUUCCUUCCCUUAAUCAGACCCAGCGGGCUCGUGUCGGGUCACGUCUCGGUGCUGUUGUUCCCGUGACUGUCUCGGUGAUUGCGGUCAAAAAAAAGAACGUCCUUUGUCGUAAUUCGCCAAAAUCUCUGCAAGCCCCCCACAAUCAAAACAAAUCGACCACGCGUGCUUUUCCCGCAGCAAUGACGUCACGUAGGCCCUCCCCCUUCCCCGCAAGUAAACAGAAAACAUUGAAGAAAACGGUCGUGCCAGUCGCCGUACAUGUGUUUGAUGCGAGAAAAUAUGGUGCGGGAGAUGAAAGCGGACGUUGAUUUCGCGUUUCCCGUGUGUUUUUAGCAAACUUGUGAAUCCUGGGGCCAGCUGACCUGCGCUGGAGCGAUGAAGGGAGAGGCGGAAGUGAAGUCACUUGACAGACCGUCCAUGUUAUUAUUGUUAUUUUGGUAGCCUUGCGAUGAGACGGGCUGGGGAGCCGUUGGUCUCCGAGACAACGACCGUUAACGUUACCGCAGGCCGCUCCGGAACCGACACCACCACCCUCACCACCGCCUCGCUGACCCGGAGACAGGAGCCUCGCUGACGGCUGGGGGGGAGGAGGAGGGGAGGGAGGGUGUGAGGACCCAGCUCCAGCUCGGCUCCUACACUCCGACCGACCAAAAAUAAAACGGCGACAAAAACAAUAACGGCAGUCGUCAAACGGCUCGGCUGGUAUCUGUGCGGUUUGUAGCAGGGACGUGCCGCCGCAGACAUGAACGGUAUCACCAAGGGCCGGUUCGAGGUGUUCUCAAACAGCGAUGAAGCCCCCAUUAACAAGAAGCUCCCCAAAGAGCUUCUUCUUAGAAUAUUCUCCUAUCUAGAUGUGGUAACACUCUGUAGGUGUGCCCAAGUAUCCAAGGCGUGGAAUGUCCUGGCCCUAGAUGGCAGCAACUGGCAGAAGAUCGACUUGUUCAACUUCCAGACAGACAUAGAGGGGCGGGUGGUGGAGAACAUUUCGAAGCGUUGUGGAGGCUUCCUGAGGCAGCUGAGCCUCAGGGGCUGCCUGAGCGUGGGAGAUGCCUCCAUGAAGACAUUUGCUCAGAACUGCAGAAACAUCGAGGUGUUGAAUCUGAACGGCUGCACCAAGAUCACAGACAGCACCUGCCUCAGCCUCAGCAAGUUUUGCUCCAAACUCAAACACCUAGAUCUCACUUCCUGUGUGUCCAUCAGCAACCACUCCCUCAAGGCUCUCAGUGAUGGCUGCAGAAUGCUGGAGAUGUUGAACCUGUCAUGGUGUGACCAGAUCACACGUGACGGUAUUGAGGCUCUGGCUAGAGGCUGCACUGGUUUACGAGCACUGUUCCUCAGAGGCUGCACACAGCUGGACGAUGGAGCAUUGAAACACCUUCAGAAACACUGCCCAGAACUCACCACCAUCAAUAUGCAGUCUUGCACACAAAUAACAGAUGAAGGCCUGGUCAGUCUGUGCCGAGGAUGCCACAAGCUACAGAUCCUCUGUGUGUCUGGCUGCAGUAACAUCACGGAUGCCUCUCUCACUGCACUGGGACUCAACUGUCCCCGACUCAAGAUUCUUGAAGCUGCACGAUGCUCCCAUGUUACGGACGCAGGGUUCACUGUGCUGGCCAGGAAUUGUCAUGAGCUUGAAAAAAUGGACUUAGAAGAAUGUAUUUUGGUGACAGAUAACACCCUGGUUCAGCUGUCUAUCCACUGCCCUCGCCUGCAAGCACUGUCCCUGUCCCACUGCGAGCUGAUCACAGAUGAUGGCAUCAGAGCUCUGAGCAGCAGUACCUGUGGCCAAGAGCGCCUCACUGUGGUGGAGCUGGACAACUGCCCCCUCAUCACUGAUGUUACCUUGGAGCACCUGAAGAGCUGCCAUCGUCUGGAGCGCAUUGAGCUCUACGACUGUCAGCAAGUCACCAGGGCUGGCAUCAAACGCAUCCGGGCCCAUCUUCCAGAGAUCAAGGUCCACGCCUACUUUGCCCCAGUGACACCCCCUCCCUCUGUACAUGGAGGUGGCCAGCGUCUGUGCCGCUGCUGCAUCAUCCUCUGACAGUGGAGGGCCAGGGGGGGCCACCUCUGUCUACAGGUCCUGCUGCUCUGAUAUGGGCUGAAAUGGGGUUGGGGGGGACUGGGGUAGGUGUAGGGGAGAGGAGGGGCUGGACCCACUCACUGCUCCUGAUCACUGAUCAAUACAUAGACUGAUGGCCACUGAUCCCUGAUCAGUUGAACCCGCCCCUCCUCUCGUCUUGCUCACCAAUCAGCUUUGCAGCAGCCCCUGGUUUUUGGUGGGAAGGGGGUUGGGGGAAGAAACAUGGAUGGAUGGAUGGACUCUCUUUUUCUCUCUCUGCCUCACUCUCUCUCUCUCCUCUCUCUCUCUCUAUCUCUCUCUCUCUCUCUCUCUCUCGCUCUCUCGCUCUCUCUCUCUCUCUCUCUCUCUCUCUCUCUCUCUCUCUCUCUCUCUCACUGUAAGGACAAAAACAGGUUCUCUACUCCAUCCUGCUUUUCACACCCCUGACUCCCCACCUGCGGGCAUAGAGGACGGCAACUGGACAGCUUGAGAUGGGAGGUCUGAACAGUGGAACUACAAUGCAUCAUGUUCAAACUAAAAAAAAAAAAAUGACGAUACUGUCAUCAUGGACAACAGUUCGCUCUCUGUGGAGUAUCAUCUCAACCAAUCACAUGACACCUCUUUGUGACCAUUCUGUGAUUCAUUCUGCUUCAACCAAUAAACAUGCAGCAUGGAGGGAGAUGCUGGGUUGUAGGAAAUGCAGAUCUUCUGGAUAUCAACAGUAUUGCUUUGGCACAGCCAGCUCAACUCUCUAGUGUGGAAGAGUUGGGAAUGAACAGGAAGUACAGAUUGGGACAUGUGACAUAUUUGUGCAUCUGAGAAACUUCUGUUGAGAUUCUGAUUCUGUUUGUACAGAGAAUGUUUUGCAAUUGAAAAAAAGAGUUACACUUACGGCAACUCACUCAAAAUUGGGUUAGGCCAACAAAAUGUUGUUUAAUUUUAUUUUUUUCAGUGCUUAUUGUAAUUGUCCAUGCCUGUCUAUCCAGAGAGGGAGAUAUGUUUGUCAUUCUUUUUGAGUUGGAAAAGAAGAAACUGGACCUAUGAUUCAGACCCUCAGUGUCUAAAAGCAUUAUGUUGACUCUGUAUGCCACUGGGAUGAGUGGCCUUUCCUGUGUACUGUGUGGUAAUGUUGGCUCAAAGGCCCUGAUCCAAUCCUGUCAGUUGCCCUGCGCACUAGCUCCCACUUGACCACUUAAGCAUUUGUUUACAUCCUGGAUUAGGUUAGCACCAGAGACAAACUUGUUUACAUCAGUGGGUUUCCAGUCUCCCUACUAUUCAGAGUAAGUUUAGUAACACUGAUACAACUGUGGUAUACCCACUCUUUUUAAAUGGACUGUGGAGUCCAUCACUCAGAUUUAUUGCUGUGUGUAUUUGGUUUUCAAUCAGGGCUAACAUUGGUGCAACUUUGCCUCAAAAUGAAAUGGAAAUUAGCUUAAAGUUGAGAUUAAAGGUAUUAGGAUGUGAGCAAAGGCACCUCAACCUUUUGACAAUCACAUGAAUUUAUGUAUUUGAAAGUUAAUUUAGUAUAAUUUUGUGUAAUUGGGCAAUGGGCAAUUUACUGAUGAUAUAGGAAAUAAUGAAUUGUCUUUAUUCACUAUAAUUAAUUUGCUAAAUGCCCCAAAUAGCACAUAAGGAAUUAUUAAGAAAUAGAUUUUGACACGGGUCUGGUAAGAUUUAAUUGAAUCAGCAACAAAUUCCCACUCAUCCAAUCCUACGAAACUAAUGUGACAACAGGAAUGUGAUAUGCAGUGACUGGAAAGCCCCAGAACCAAGAGUUUAUUUCACUCUAUACAGACACUCCCUCAGAUCAGCAGGAUCUCAGCAUUAUCUGUCUUGCCAUGCAGAGUAACACAUGUAUGGGGCAUGAAAUACCACCACUCGAAGCACUGAAAAUACAACAAAACAGAAGCAGCUCGCAAUAUUGCGCUAAUAAAGAGACUGGCAAGUGCUGUGUAGUGCUCAAGUCCAAGUGCUCAAAGACUGGGGAGAUUGGCAGGACUAUGGAUAGGACUGAAACAAAGGAGAGCAGACAGAAAGAUGAAGAUGGACUCCGAAACAUAGCUGACUUGACUGGCUGUGAUACUAAUGCCCUCUCUUUGACAGCUGUUUUAACAGUUUUAUGUUUAUGAAAAUAAAUAAGUAAAUGAAAAAAAUAAACAAAUGAAUAAAUAAAAGUGACUAAUAGUAAAUGUG